AUGGAGGGAGAGGAGAAGGGCCAGAAGGAUCUCACUGGGAUGGAGGAGAACCCCUCUUGCUACACAUAUUAUCAGCAGGAGGUGGAGAUGAGGAACCAAAAGUCCUCUCCAAGGAAGCAGCAGCAGGGGAUGCAGCUGAUUCAGGUAGGAAGAGGUUCUGAUGAGAGAAACAGGAGGGUAAGCUUCUUGGGCCCUCUGCAAGUGGGGGUUCAGACACUCCAGAACCAGCAGAACAGAAAGUGGGAGAAUCCCAGAGGACCUGGGCCUUUCUUCUUUGUGGGAGGAAAGAAUGGUGAAAAGAUAGUGACCGCGUACUGUGAAAGCAAAGGAUGGCAUCGUAUUUACGACAAGACAAGAGAGGACUACACACUCAAGUGGUGUGAGACCAAAUCGGUUCUCACCUAUUACAAUUUCAGAGAAGGAGAGCAGCUGCUCUACCAAAUCCCUAACAACAAAGUGCUAACCACCAAGAUUGGGCUCCUGAACAGUCUGCGAGACUAUGAAAAGGCCUCCAGAACAGCACAUCCAGGUCACAGGUGCAGGAGGUUGAAAAUGGAAGACUUCUUCCCCACAACCUUCCGCAUGGACAUCAAAGAUGAGCGGGAUGCCUUCUUUUCCUAUGUGGAAGGACUAGGUAGUGCUGAACCAAGCCCAUGGAUCUGCAAGCCCACAGGCCUCAAUCAGGGCCGGGGAAUCUUUCUCCUGCGGACUAAAGAGGACAUAAAAGUCUUUCAGGCACGGCUGGAGAGCACCAAUGACAACCAGGGUCCAAGGAAGCUGCUCACCCGUCAGCCGCAGGCACGCAUUGUACAGAGGUACAUCCAGAACCCCUUGCUCCUGAAAGGCAGAAAAUUUGAUGUGCGAUCAUUUUUUCUUAUUGCCUGCACAACACCCUACAUGGUAUUCUUUCGCCAUGGCUAUGUUAGAUUGACCUGUGACCUCUACGACCCCAAGUCCAACAACCUUGCAGCUCAUCUAACCAAUCAGUACAUGCAGAAGAAGAACCCACUGUACAGUGUGGUGAAGGAGGACACUGUCUGGUCCAUGGAGAGGCUUAACACCCACCUCAACCAGGAGCUCAGCAGGGCUAAAGGCCUCCCACUGGACUGGGUCUUUGGGCCAUUUACGCGGCGCAUGCAGCAUGUGGUUCUGCAGUGCUUCCAGGCAGUGAAGUCCAAGCUAGAAAGGAAGCUGGGCUACUUUGACCUCAUCGGAUGCGAUUUCAUGAUUGACGAGGACUUCAAGGUGUGGCUGCUGGAGAUGAACUGCAACCCUGCGCUUCACGUCAACUGCCAGGUGCUGAAGGACGUAGUCCCUGCAGUGGUUUGCGAGACUCUGGACCUGACCCUGGAGAUCUUCAACAAGCGUCGCUGUGGCCUCCCGCUACUUCCCCUGGUUAGCCAGAGAGAAUUUGUGCUGCUUUAUGCUGAGAACAAUGUCCCUGAGUGGAGCAGGGCCAGCAAGGUAGCAAGAAGAAAGAUGCCAUGCCCUAAGGGGGUGUCUACCCAGAAGGCCUCUCACCAGGCUGUGGACAGUGGCACAUUCCUUGAUGCCUCCUCUGUCCAGGCUUGCCUCGACCACCCCUCCAUAAGAGGGCUGAGUGUGCCUAUGAAACAUAUUGAGCUCAUUGCAACUACUCCACCCCCCCAUAAGCUCAUCCCCCAGCGCAUCGAUCCCCCUAAGGAGGGUACCUGGCAGCAGAGUUUUCCCGCCCUGGUACAGCGCCAGCCUUCCAGACUGCUGCAAGUAGGGAGCAAUGUUGUGUCACUGUCCACCCCAGUACUCUCCAAGGUGCCCUGGAUUACUGGCAGUCACCAAAGGACUAAACCCCGCUGA